CUUUGCGGGGUGCGGUCCUGGCAGUCUCCAGACCGGGAGGAUCGGUGCAGAACACGCCGCAGCCAGAAGUCGGAUUGCCGACAGGGGGAAAGAUCCUUCAGUAGUCAAGGGGGGAGCAGUAACUGGGUGAAACCAGGGAGGCAGACUCAGGCAGACAAAUCCAGGGGUGAGGCAGGAGGCUUUGGUCGAGAGGCAGAAACAAGGUCGUGAUCCAGAGGCGAGAGACAUCCAAUGAGGGUCAGGCAAGGCAGGGAAAUCCAAGAUGCAAAAAGUGGUCAAAAACGUGGUCAGGCAGGAAGGAAUGCUGGACAUCUACUAACUGGUGCACGUCAGGAAACAGUUUAUUGCAUGCCCUUGAUUCAGGCACUUCCUCUUUGCUUGGACUCCCCGUGCAGAACAAUCCAGCUUCCCUCCUUCAAUGAACAAAGCAAGUUCAUGUUCAAAGCAGCUGCACAACACAGAAGCUAUUAUCCUCCAUGAUGGCAGUGUCUUCACUCUAUGUUACAAAGGAGCCUGGUGCUGGCCUCGCUGAAGUGGAUAUAUGUGCUCUUAAGAAUAAUGUGCAAUACGAAGUCAUCCCGUCUGUUGUGUGCUCUGUUUGCCUUUCAUUCGGCCUCAUCUACUGCUUUUUUGGCUACCGCUGCUUCAAGAUGAUCAUGUUCUUCUCAGGUUUUAUGUUUGCCUCAUCAGCUGUGCUCCUAUUCUACCAUAAGGAACCCAAAUUUACCAGUCAGCUGAGAGAUGACACCAAGGCGGGCAUCAGCCUGGGAGUUGGAGUUCUGUGUGGACUCUUUACCAUGAUAGUGUCCUUAUUGGGACUCCUCCUCAGUGGCCUGCAGCUUGGAAGUCUUCUCUCCAUCUCCAUGCUUGUGGUUGUUGCACAGUUUCACAGCCUUACUCCAUUGUGGGUGCCGCUCUGUGCCAUUCUGGCAGCCAGCAUCACCACUGCUGUGUUCACUCUGCAGUGGCAGAGGUUGUUCAGCAUCUUCUACACCUCAGUGUUUGGAGCUACAACAGUGAUGCUGUGCAUAGACUACAUGGUCGGAGGUUUUGUGCUGCUGCAUCAAGUCUAUGACAUGUUUUAUCAAGUGACUCCACGACCAUUCUGCUGGUUUAACUGGGCAAUCACUGGGAUCUGUCCUGUUAUGAGCAUCAUAGGUGUGUUGGUGCAAUGGUGGGUUACUGCAAGAGGAGUUUUACACACUGAAGCUGCACAUAAAAAACAGAAGAAACAUGGAACAAAGCAAAAAUGUAGAGAAGGAAGGAGGAGACCCCAACCACACCGUCAGCGUAGGCCUCCACCCUUGAAACGAUAUGCUGGAGAUGUCCUUGCACCGAGUUAUCUCCACAAACUCCAAGAGCGUCAGAUGGGAACAAGCUCCUCCACCAGCAGUGUCAGCACCAUCACACAUACUCUGAUCGACUUUAACUUCGAGACGGGCUCCAUGGUGCCUCUUACCACAGUCUCCCCCAUUUUCACUGUCUGAACAAACAGCAUCAACUAACUGAAGAGCACAUCUCUGGGGAAUGACCUUUAAAUUGUUUACUUUCAUAAAAGCUGUUUGAAAAUUUCAGUUUCUGCUUUGGAUUCUCUUCACCAGCUUCAUCUGAUAAUUAUCAUCUUACACGUAUGAUUGAACUAGUGAAACAUGUAUCCUCAGAUUUUUAAUUCCAACAUUCCUUGAGGAGUUUAAUUCUCACACUAUUUGUAUUCACAUUAAAAAAGUUUGUUGCUUCAUGUAAAUACUUUUUCCUCAUGGUUGGAACAGCCCCUGGCAUCCAGAUCCAAACCAUAUCCUAUUUGGACAAUUUUAUAUAUGUCCUGAUUAAGGCAUUUUAAAAUGAUUGGUAUUGGAGACACAGGCCAAACUCAACUCCUGACACCUGUUGUUGUUGUUAUACUGGCUGUGAUUUUUAUGUCAAAAUGUUGUGUAGCCAUGUUUCGUGUUUCUGAUUUUUUUAAUAUCACAGCUUAUUUUCAUGUGUAUUGCUUGCAAAACUGUAUACGUACUGUAUUUCAGUACUGUAUUAUAGGAUAUGCUUAUUAUUUUGUUGGGUUUAUCCCAACAAGCUAAGUGUUUUUCAAGAUUUAGAGGGACAUUUACAGUGAAAGAAGGACUAAAUUGGCUGUUGCCUCGCCCCUGUAUGAUGGGGCCUACACACGGCUAAAACUCAACUCAUUAAGGUUUUGGACAAUCAAAAUAAAGUAACUCUUUUUGUCCUUAAGCCAAGUUUAUGAUCAACUGAAACCACACUGAAAUAUGAACAAAUGAUCAACAAGGCAUAUCACAAUAGAGAGUUAACAUGCUAACAUUAGCCUAGCACUUCAGCAAACUGCUGGGCAUAAAACUAUCAGCAGUUUCAAGGUAAGGGUUUGUUGAAGGCUGUAGCAGUAUGUGUCGAGUUAGAUAAAAAUGUGAUGCAUAGUGAGAACAAAAUACCACUAUUCUAACUUGUGGUGGAGCAGAAUGUUAAAGCUGUCAUGCUCCUGUUCAGACAAAAUGUCAAAAUAAAAAAUACUGUAGCUGUACGUUAAAUGGGACACAGUAGACCAUAAUACUGGUGGAGUGUACUGUUAAUUUAAUGCACUUUAGAGCUACUGAGUUUACAGCCAUGUCAUGGAAUAUAUGUUAUUUAUUUCUAUGUGGAAGCUGAAAUACAGCUGGCAUUUGUAAAUGUCUUAAUGACUUGGAUCUGUAUCAAGGCAAAAAAAACAAUCUUGAUCAGGACAUUCCUAGUUAACUUAAAUGAGAAAAAGUUAAUUUACCCAAAGAUAUGCAAUCAAAGUUAGGAUCAUUAUAAUAAGAGUUUUACUGUGGAUAUUAUAAACUAUUCCAGUGUUGAGUUGGAUAAAAGCCUGAAAGCUUUUUUAUAUCUUAUUUUAAAGUUUAAUAAAAUCACUUUUUAUUACA